AUGGCAACCCAAGACGAGACUCCCUCCCACACCACCACCUCCGGCGCAACAUACCCCCCCUCGCUACUCGCCUACGCCCUCCCCCUCUCCACACUCCUCUCGACACACCCACACAUCACCUCCUGCGUUGUUGGCGGCUUUAUCUUCCAUCCGACGCGUGGGCUCCUCCUCAUCCGCCGGGCGAUUGACGAGGCCGCUUUUCCGGGGUACUGGGAGGUUCCGGGCGGAGGUGUAGAAGCGCCGCCGACAGACGCGACCCUACUCGACGCGGUGGUUCGGGAGGUGUGGGAGGAGACGGGGCUGAAGGUCACCAGGCUGCUAAGGUGCUUCGGAUGUGUGGAGUUUCAGGGGCGAUCGGGGAGGUGGUGGAGAAAAUGGAAUUUUGAGGUCGAGGUGGAAGAGGGUGAGGUGAAGUUGGAGGAAAGGGAGCAUGAUGGGGUGCUAUGGGUGAGGGGGUGGGAAGAUGUGGUAAGGGAGAAGUGCUUGGUGUCGAGUGGGAUGGAGAGCGCGGUGAGGGAGGCAUUGGGGAUUUGGAAGGAGGAACAGCUUGAGAGGAGCAAUUAG